UCUACACCAUGCGCCCCCAGAGAGCUCAGUAAUUCUGCUUCAGCAUCUCGUCGUGUUGUGCAGUUGGCAUGGAGUGCUUAUGCAUAAUAGUCAGUUAAAGCUUCAGUUAAAUUUAGCAAUCUAGGUUAAUUGUUAGAUUUUGUUUUACAAUUUGUAUUUCGUUGUAGAUCGUUUUUGUUAUAUUUAGUCGUGGUUAUUUUUGUUAUUAUAUUUAAUACCACUGUCUUCAUUUUACACUUGUCUUUUUUCACCCAAUGUUAUAUUAUCCAUAUUGUUGACUUACCAAGCACGUUGAACAACCGACUCAAAAUUUGUAAUAUAUUAAUGUUCUAUUAUAGCUUAGAGUCGCUCUUUUUAUGCGCCUCUUCGUGUUUGCCUGGACGACGCAACAAUGAGAUCAACUGUGCUCCUGCUUCUCUCGGUAUCUUGUCCAUUGGUUGCCUGCGCACCGGCCUCUAGUAACGCGAGUACCUUUAGUACCUCUACUAUCUCCACUAACGCCAGUGCCCUGAACAGCAGCGCGUGCCUUGAGUGGGAAGAGAGUCAGCACGGACUCUUCCAGUUCGCCAACACUGCCUUCUUGGUUGCCUAUUUAAUUCCAGCCACGCUCUCCUGCCAUAUCCUGCUGUUUCGAGGACUUAUGAUAUUGGGUUGCAUCUUUUGGAUCCUGUGGGCCACUUUGUAUCAGUGUGCCUACGGCGUUGGAGUGUGGGGUCUGGUUUUCCUCAUUAUUUGUGCUGCCCAUGCAGCCCUGCUGCUUUAUAACAUGCGUCUGGUAAAGCUGCCCCCAGAGCUGAGUGACUUGUACGUUGAGCUGUUCGCACCUCUCAACGUGCCCAGAGAGGUGUUCCGCUCAGUGGUGUCUCAGUACUGCAUGAUAGAGACGAGACGCAGGGGCGAGGUGUACGCCCUUGAGAAUAAAACCCCCAUCGACAGAAGGCUCAGCAUUUUACUCAAGGGAAAAAUGAAGGUGACUUGCCAAGGACGCUUUUUACAUUUUAUUUACCCAAACGCAUUCAUCGAUUCAGUGGAAUACCGGAUGAUGGAGACACAAAAAGGGGGCAGGUCUCAGGUAUCGAUAUCGGCAAUGGACGACUGCCAGCUUGUGUCCUGGUCACAAGAGCGUCUGAUGUACUUCCUGAAGACGAUCCCAUUUCUGGAAGUGGUCUUUGCCAGCCUCAUUGGAAGAGACAUCACCAACAAGAUAUACGCACUCAAGGAUGUGACGCUGACGUCCCGCAGUAUGAAAAAGAUAAGCAGCCACCCAGGGCUUUAUGCCCGAGAAGUCUUGAGCAUCGUCCGUCGGAGCUGUAUUCCGAUCCAAGUCACCAACACCACGACUGCUCUUGCCCCUGCUGAAGAAGAUUGAGAAUCACCUCUUUCCGGACCUACAUUAAUCCUCCAAAAGGGUUCCAUUGCGUAAUCUGCAAGAGUAUCAUCCCAUCAUUUUCUUUCCAAUGAGGAGGGCACCCAGGGACUUUACGAGCAAGCAGUGAUUGAACUUUGGAACUAUCAUCUUCACAUCUGAUGCCAAUAACAUUUUAGAUCGAUGCUUAUCUUCGUAAGUAAUCAGGCUCAUUGUGCGACUGAUCUUUAGACAGAGCGAUGAUAUACAUAUACGGCAACAAGCAGACGAUGUAUAGUGAGUUUAACACGUAGGCUUUCUCGCCCAAUAUUAUCCAUCAUAGCCUCUUUUUGUGAUUUAGGUCACGUAAAUUUAAAUGUGUCGGUAAACCCCCCACCACCUAACAUAGGUGGUAGUACGGUUUGUCACUUAAACAAAACAUGCCAAUCCAUUACUGGUCCAGCACACCGGGUGUGUUGGAGAGUAAACCCACAACAUUUACAAUUCGAGUAUGACGUUUCACCAGGUAAUUACAACCAGCCUCAUCAGGUGACAGACAGACAGAGUUGUGGAUAAAUUAUCCUGUUUCGGUCUUUAAAAAUAUAUUAAAUUUUGGAUAAGAUGUACAGUAUUCCCCAUUCCAUGGUGCUGAUGUUUGUAACCUGCCCCUUGUUAUCAGCUGUCAAAAUGGGCAUUUAAAGUUAAACUAUGUCAAACAACAUGCAAAUCUGUGAUGCUUGCAAACAGCAGGAAGGCGCAAGUCACUUCAUAACUUGUGUACGUCUCAUGUGACCACCAACUCAAAUACAAUGUUAGUUUUUUUGUUUCUGCCACCGUGACAUUAUGAUUGGUUUAAACGAUAAUAUAAUACGCGAGAUAUAUGUCUAUGUGGCACUUUUAAACACGUUUAAUUUUGAUGUGUAUACACAUUUGUAGCAUUAAGUAAUACAAGCAAAACGCUACAUUAUUGAUAUUGCACGAGUUAGUGAUUUAUAUGCGUGUUAAAAGUAGGUAUUUAACCAAAGGUUAUAGAAUACAACUACAUUAAGUUACACAAACAAUGCUAUUGAUUAAUGUAGAAGCAAAAAGUGUGAAUGGAAAAUGGUAAAAUGGUUACAUUUUCCAAACUAUCGUUUGUGCCAAAAUAUAAUCCAUAUAUCCACUCAUGGAAAUCUUUUCCAUACAAAUACAAAUUGUUAUGCACGAGUCAAAGUGGAGCCUUGCAUUGUGAUCUGGGGAUGGAGUGGGAGAAAUACUGGUGUUGGAGAAAAUUGAAGGCAUCAUUGAAUAACAGUUAAUGAUGCACAUUGACAGCAUGGUGACCUCAGAGAUCAAAUGCCGACCAUCUCUAUGCCAUACAAUUAGAUUGGUUGAUGUAGAUAGAGUAGCUGAUGCUCACAAACAACUUUGUUAUAUAAAAAUGCUCAUAUUUAUGACGUUACAUGGUUCAAUACCUAUGAAUAUAUUUUAGCUGUAAUUGAAAAAAUGAAAUGGUUGCAGGGAGAUGUAAAUUUAAAACAACUGUAUGACUUUCCUUUGCCAUUAAAACCCUUU